AUGUCCACUUAUCAAGUCCCAACAGCCCGCGUAACUUCUUCAGAACGACGCGGAUUUGAAGUAUCUAUAGAAGAUGAGCCGGGAAUUUCCCUGUUCGCAUUUCACGGCAGACUGAACCAACGAAUUGUUGAUCUGGCGGAUCAUACCUGGGCGGCAGAUAUCAUUGGGACGGAUGAAGCUGGCCGAUGGACGUACACUAAUCGAGACGUGGAGUUGAAGGAUGGGGACGUAAUUUACUACUGGACUACAGUGCGUUAUAAUGGUCGAGACUACCACCGGAUGAACCAGAGUGCCGGUUUCUAAAAGACGUGGAUUCAUGAGAAUAUUUCAGUUUGUAAUAGUAAACUAAGCGGCUUGUCAAAACUGCA